AUGGCUUUCCGCGGCGAACGCUUUGACAUUGAUCUUGACUCCGACUCAGAGUCCCCCGCACCCACUUUCGCGAUCCCUGGCGUCAUCGGGGAGAUCCAGGAACGUUCCCCCGCCGCACCUCCCGCGCCUCCAACUCUGAAGUCCGCCAGUGGCUUUCCUGCUCAUCGCCGUCGCGCCCCCAAACAGUCCGCUUUCAAACAACGCCAGACACAGCCCAAAGCUUCAACAAACAGAUCAGAAAAUCCGUCAUCUGGUCCACAGGAUGAGAAAGCGGCUAUUGGAGAGCAGAAUCGCCAGCAACUGGCAUCGAUGUCCGACGCAGAAAUUCAGAAAGAACGCGAGGAACUGAUGUCCACACUGGACCCUUCCUUACUCGAACGGUUUCUUCGUCGCGCUCGCAUUGAUGAUGAUGAGCCCGCGUCCUCUCCCUCCACCCCGGCAACGAACGACGCCACCAAAGGUUGUGCCUCGAAGCCCGAUCCAGCUUCUGUCCCAGCUCCAACCCCUGCGCAGUUACAGAAACAACCCACGAAAUCGAACAGCCGCCCUGCUUCAGAUGAUACCCCUCCCUCGAAAAUUCCCGAAGACCUCCAUUCAGCAGCAGACUUUCCAGCCUCAGGAUCCGUCCACUUCCCCACGCCUCCGUCCCGCGGCACACAAAUGCCAACGUUAGACCCUUCAUCGCCAUCCUUCCUCUCAGAUCUACAAGCGCACUACUUCCCGAAUAUCUCGCACGAUCCAUCAUCACUCUCUUGGCUGCAGCCACCCUCCUCAGAACCAGACGAACCGGGCGCCCCUCCCUCCUCCGCCUACCAUCCGGGCAGCAGCGCCGAAGCCGUACACCCCGCAUUCCUCCGAUUUUCUCUAAUCGGCACCAUACUCUCACCCUCGACUUCCCUCUCUCUACCAACAACGCUCGGCCUGCAUCAUCACGGCGACGACCCCCACGCCGCCGGUUACACGAUUCCCGAACUCGCGAUCCUUAGCCGCUCCUCAUUCCCCGCGCAACGCUGCAUCGCCUGGCAGGUUCUCGGCCGCAUUUUGUUUCGACUGGGGAAAGGACAGUUUGGUGAGCGUGGGAGUACACUGGUUGAAGGGCUUUGGUCCGUCAUUGAGCGUGAAGGAGUUGUGGCUGGGAUGCUGGAGGAGGCGGACUCAGCGAGUUCUUCGUCGUCUGGUCGUGCGGAGAGAAGCUCUACAGGUGCGGUGGACAAUCCACAAGAGACUUCUGGCGCAAAAGGGAGUGGGCUUGGACGGCAUGCAAGCGCGUCAGCUUGGGCUGUUGAAGCGGUCUGGUUAUGGCAGAUGGGUGGUUCCGGUGAUAGGGGGAUUCUGAAGCCUGGUGCUGUUCGAUCGCAGUAA